AAAAUUGCUACAAUGGCAGUAAUGUUAUUCGAAAUGGUUGAUAAAUAUCGUCACAACCGAAAGACGCUAUUACUUAUUGUAUAUAUUGCUUUGUUUCUGGACAAUAUGCUGCUUACUACUGUUGUACCAAUAAUACCAGAAUAUUUACUACGAUUAUCACAUCCAAAUUCAACGGAUUUAUUGUUGUACAAUAAAGUUUUGGUAACUGGACAUUCACGAGGAAAACGUACAGCUAAUAUUGCAAGCAAUCAAAAAAUGCACGAAAAAAUAAUUGAAUAUCAAAAACCUUUCAUCUGGGAUGAUGCUUGGGAAAAUCCAAUAAAUGUGAACGUUGCAGAAAAAUGGCAAAAAACAUCAUUGAAUAGAUUUUAUGAGAAAGAAAAUUCAAACCAAAAACAAUUAAAGAAAGAAAAAGUAUCAAGCACGAGUAGACGAAUGAGAGUAAAAACAACGAAAAAACCUAUAAAAGUAAAAACUACACAAGUAGAUGAAAUUGUUCCUGACGCUGCACAAGAAAUGGAACGACAUAAUACUUUAGCUAAAGAAAAUGUUUACGUGGGACUUAUGUUUGGAUCAAAAGCACUCGUACAAUUAUUAACAAAUCCAUGGAUUGGUCCACUGACAAAUAAAAUUGGUUACACAGUGCCAAUGUUUACUGGCUUUUGUGUAAUGUUCUUAUCUACAAUAAUGUUCACUUUUGGUACAUCUUUUUCUGUUCUUUGGCUUGCUCGAGCUUUGCAAGGUGUCGGUUCCGCAUGUACAAGCACGUCAGGAAUGGGAAUGUUAGCACAAGCUUAUCCUGAUGAUGAAGAACGCGGUAGUGCGAUGGGUAUAGCACUAGGUGGAUUAGCACUUGGUCUGUUAGUUGGACCACCUUAUGGAGGGGUUUUAUAUCAAUGGUCUGGAAAAGAAUUACCAUUCUUAUUUCUUGCAUUACUUGCAUUAUUUGAUGGGUCGUUGCAAUUUUUAAUGCUACAACCUCGAAUUGACCGUGGUGAGCCAGAAGGAACUAGUUUAAAAGAACUCGCUACAGAUCCUUAUAUCAUACUUGCUGCUGGAUCAAUAACGAUUGGAAACCUUGGAAUAGCAAUGUUAGAACCAUCGCUACCACUGUGGAUGAUGGAAUCUUGGCAGGCUGGAUCAUUUGAACGAGGCAUUGCUUUUCUACCUGCUAGUGUUUCUUAUCUGAUCGGUACAAAUAUCUUUGGACCACUAGCUCACAAAAUUGGACGUUGGCUGAGCGCUUUAUUGGGUCUUGUAAUUAUUGGAAUUUGUUUAAUUGCUAUUCCCACAGCUCGUGGAGUAGGAGGGUUGAUGGCACCAAAUUUUUUCAUGGGAUUUUCAAUUGGGAUGAUUGAUGCAUCGAUGUUUCCGUUAAUGGGUCAUUUGGUCGAUUUACGUCACGUUGGAGUUUACGGAUCCAUUUAUGCGAUUGCUGAUGCUGCAUUUUGUUUUGCUUUUGCUUUGGGUCCUUUUUUUUCGGGUCCUUUGGUCCGUUCCGUUGGAUUUGCAACAAUGCUGCGAAUAAUUGCAAUUAUUAACUUCUUGUAUGCUCCACUGAUGUAUUUCUUGCGUAAUCCUCCUGCUACGAUUAAAAUUGACGAAGUAUAUUUUUAA